UGGCUUUUUUCCACCCAGAGUUAUCUUUUUGGGAGAUUACAGUUGCCUCACAGUUUGACCAUGUUUUGUUAAUUCUGUGUUUUUGCCACUAGGUGGCGGUAAUGCUUCUGAAGCUGGUUUGCCAACUCGGCUGUACCCGUAGAAAGAAGAAGCGUCCAAAAACACAGAGGUGUCUGCAUCGUCUGUCAUCCCCGCGGCGGCUCUGACAGCCUUGAAGCUCUGCUGAGGUGGUCCGGUUGGAGUAAAGGUCGGAGAAUUACGGCGGGAAACGAACAUCUGUGAAGUCUACCGGCUGUGUUAUACUAGACUCGCCCGCUAGAGGCGCUCGACCGCGAGGAUGGACUUCUUGGCUGGAUGUUUCGGAGGUGCUGCUGGAGUUUUAGUCGGACAUCCGUUUGACACAGUCAAGGUGAGACUGCAGGUCCAGCCUGUUGAUAAGCCUCUGUAUCGGGGGACCUUCCACUGCUUCCAGUGCAUCAUCAGACAGGAGUCGGCUCUGGGUUUGUAUAAGGGCAUCGGAUCUCCCAUGAUGGGGCUCACGGUCAUCAACGCUAUAGUGUUUGGCGUGCACGGGAACACCAUGCGCUUCCUCAAAGAGGACACGCCCACAAACCAGUUCCUGGCCGGGGCAGCUGCGGGGGCCAUCCAGUGCGUGGUGUGCUGCCCGGUGGAGCUGGCCAAAACGCGCAUGCAGAUGCAGGGCGUAGGGGAGAAGAAGGCCUCCAGGAAGACCUACAGGAGCUCGCUGGACUGCUUGGUGCACAUCUACAGACGGGAGGGGGUGCGGGGGGUCAACAGGGGGAUGCUCACCACGCUCAUUCGAGAGACCCCCGGCUUCGGGGCGUACUUCUGGUCGUACGACGUGCUGACGCGCAGCUUGGGGUGUGAGCCCGACGGCCGCUUUAUCAUCCCCAAACUGCUUCUCGCCGGCGGUAUGGCGGGCAUCGCCUCCUGGAUCGUCACCUACCCCGCAGACGUCAUCAAGUCCCGGCUGCAGACGGACGGCGUGGGCGGAGUCCAGCGCUACAGCAGCAUUAUGGACUGCGUACGACAAAGCGUCAGAAAAGAGGGCUACAUGGUGUUCACGCGGGGGCUCACCUCCACGCUGCUCAGAGCUUUUCCCGUCAACGCUGCCACCUUCGCCACCGUCACACUCUUCCUCAUGUAUGCGCGGGGGGAGGAGGAGGCGCCCCAGAGCCAGCAGUCCGGACUGUAACGUAACAGGACCAGCACUCCAAAUCCGGAUGGCAGCUGAAGUAUGGAGCUAAAUUGGGGCCAAUAUUAUUUAAAAUCCAAAUAAAACAAAUUGAAACAAAUAUUGAUGUUUGGCCAAAUAAAUGUAAAAUGUAAAAAACUUUAAGUUACCACUCUUGAUUGGUCCUCGAUGUUAGCCCCGCCGCAAACGGGCCAAAAGUUUAGAAACUU